GGCCGCUCGGCGCGCUGUCGCCGUCACAUCAGCUGUUCUGGUCGCGGUGGCGAGUGUCGGAGUGGUGUUUGCAAACCGUACCUAACCUUUGAAUGUAUUGAGACCAGUCAAACGUAACAUGGAUGCUCGGAGGCGGUCGUCUAACAGCUCGUUGUGGGUGUUCGGGUACGGCAGCCUCUGCUGGCACCCGGGGUUCGAGUUUGACCACGCUGUCACGGGGUUUAUCCGCGGGUACGCGCGCAAGUUCUGGCAGGGGAACAUCACGCACCGCGGGGUCGCUGGGAAGCCAGGAAGAGUGGCGACACUGGUGGAGGAAAAAGAGGGUGUCGUGUGGGGCAGAGCCUUCCAGUUGUCCGGUGAAGCUGCCAUCCCGUACCUCAACAACCGUGAGUGUGUGCUGGGCGGAUACCUGACCGCCAUCACCACCUUCUACCCGCGACCAGCCGAAGAUGACGGGCAUACCAUGGAGCCCUUCGCCGCCCUCGUGUACAUCGCCACACCUAGCAACUGCCACUGGCUGGGUGAUGCUCCCCUCAGCGAGAUCGCCACUCAGAUAGUGUCCUCCAGCGGGGCCUCGGGACACAACGUCGAGUACCUCCUCAGGCUGGCGUCCUUCAUUAGAGAGUUCAUCCCCGAGGCGGAGGACAACCACCUGUUCACUCUGGAGUUCAUGGUGAGGACGAGGAUAAAGGAAAACAACAUGUGCAUCAAGAGUCUGAUGGGAGAAGACGUGUCUCCGCCUAAGAGUCCGGAGAGAGAGAUCGUGGCAGACGAGAUUCAACCCAUCAGAGAAGACUCCUUCGAGUUCACCUCCAGGGUUCCGCCGAAGAAGCUGCGUUGUCUCAACAUUUGAAGAGGUGUGGAAUCACACGCGGAAGACUUCGGUCAAAGACCAAUGUUUCACGCACGUGUCGCAAAGGCACAAGCUUUUGGUGCCUUCGUAUUGUCCACGAAUAACCUAAUAAAACGGGUCUUGCGAUGACGUUUUUGUUGCGAAAUAUCGUAUCACUAACCAACAUGAUUGUGAUGUAAGGUAACUGACUCAGCCAAAUAUUGGUUUGAAUAUUUAAAAGAUCAGUGAUAGUUAUAGGGGAAUACAGGGAUAGCACAGAACUUGGACAGUGUUGAAUAACCUUUUUAUAAAUAUUGCAUUUAUAAAACCAUACAACUUUAUAAAUAAUAGCUUUAUCCGCAGCAUUAUCGUUGAAUACCUUUUUGAAUAAAGUUCGCUUUCAAAAUCGGCCAUAUAGUGAAUAUUUUUGUAAACAGUGAAAUUUUCAAUACGUAUUUUGUUACAAAUGGGAAUACUGUAGUUGUUAGUAUACAUGGUCUGCAUUUCACACUUGUAAAGAAACAUAAUUUAAUUUGUAUUUGUUUGGUCUUGAAUUGUUUUGCUCAAUAAUUAAUGUUAAUUUUUACUGCGAGUCUUUAUAAAUAAAUGUAUCUUUUUCUCAGAACUUUAAAUUUAUAUUUUUUGUAAUUUAUCUAUUGAUUUGUAUGUGAUAAUAUGAUACAACUUAUCAAUUAAUUGAAUUCAGCAUCUUUGUGUAAACCCCAACAUUAGUUGAAACAAAUGUUACUUUCAAAAAGAUAGACUAAACUAGUUUGUUUUGUAAUUUAUCAUUACGUAUUAAAAGCUAUUGUGAUCUUAUUUUAAGCCCAUAGUAGCAUCUUUUUAAUGAAUUUGUAAUUGCAAAGUGUUAUUACUUAAGGUAAAAGAGAACAAUUAUCUGUGAUAAUCUGAUUAACACAAAUUGAUUGUCCAAAACAAUAUUCUGAGAAAAUUUCUAUCAAAAAAAUUUAGUUUAGUAUACUUUUUCACAUGGUUUAUAUAAAUAAUAAAUUAUUGACUAUGUUUUACAAUUUGUUGUAAUUUUAUAACCUAUCCCACAGAAACCAAACUAUUUUUUUCUAUAUUGUUUACUCAACUAUGCAUUUUAAAAACAAUUUUGGUCUCCAAGUCUAAAGCAAAACCUUGGAAAUUUGUCUAGGUAUUUGUACCAUUAUAAUUUUAUUUGGAAAUAACUAUAGUAUUUAUAAGUCCUUUUUUCAGUUUUUAGUUAGUUAUUUAUCACUGCAGCUUUUAUGCACCGAAAUGAAAUCUUUCACAAUUUGAAUUCAAAUUACACAAAGUACUUUAUGUGUGAUCUUUAUUACAAAAACUUUAAAUUUUAACAUAUUUUAACCAUUUUUAAAACUAAAGAAGAUAUUAGUUUCUUACAUUGUUAUUUUAUUUUCUUUGACUUUACAAACUAUCAGCAAAGUAUUUAAUUGCAUUAGCAUGAAAGUAAAAAAAAAACCUGAAGCCAUGAUGAACAUUUUUCAAAUCAUUCAGUAGAUCUUUUCAGCAGGUCCAAUCCAGGCACAUGCUGAAUUGUGUAAAGCGUAUGUUAAAUAAUAACCUUAGUUUAUAAGUUUGUUUAUGUUUACAAUAUUUUUGUUAAUAUUUCGUUACAAAUAGUGUGUCAAUGGACUUUAUUGUCCUGUAUUUUGUUAACCUUUGCUAACUUGUGCUUUGAACUUGUCGUUGAUUUAAUCUAAAAAUAAUAUGGGACUUAACGUUCCUCAAUUAACAAGGUCAUUAACUCGUCUUUGGUGAUUAACUAAUGUCAUUAACUCAAUGUUGGUGUUUAAAGGGUAUAAUGACCUUUUGUUAUUUGUAUAGCUGUAUGAUAAAAUCCCUAAGGGAUUUGUUUUCAGAUUUAUUUCUAUUCUAUAUUUUACUUUUUAGGGUCUAUUUGUAUUUUAAUUGAUUACUAACUGUAUGGUGACCUAAUGGUCCAACUUGUUUUGUUUUGAUUAUUGCAGUGUUUCAUGAAGUGAAAUGCCUGUAUGAGGCCUCAAGGCCUGAUUAGAAAAUAAACUUAUACUUUUAAAA